UCAUCAACAAGGUAUUCAAUGAUAGGCUUUCCAAUUUCUAAGCACAGCCAGGAUUGUCGAGCUUGAGGUCAUAGUCACGACGAUUAACUAAACCUCGUUUACAAAAAGAAAUACUUUUUAACGUCUCUCCAGUCUCGUCCACCAAAAACCCCUCACGCAACCGAAGUCAUCUAACAUAGCAAGUACAUUACCAUUAACAAUACCAUGUCUGCUACAACAAAGAUGGAAUAUGCCCGCCUGGGCAAAUCUGGUCUUAAAAUUUCCAAAGUCAUAUUUGGAUGCAUGUCCUUUGGAUCAAGCAAAUGGCAAGAAUGGGUGAUUGAAGAAGAUGAAGCUCUUCCUCUUCUCAAGCACGCCUACGACGUUGGUCUCAACACUUGGGAUACUGCAGACAUCUAUUCCAACGGUCUUUCGGAGAAGAUUAUUGGAAAGGCUCUCAAGCAAUAUAAGAUCCCCCGCAACAAAAUUGUCAUAUUGACCAAAUGCUACUUUGGAGUUGCCGAAGAUGGUUCCCAGCCACCAAUCUCUGCAGCCUCGGUCAAUGACGGCGAUUUUGUCAACAGACAGGGAUUGAGCAGGAAGCAUAUUCUGGAUGCUGUUGAUGCGAGUGUUGAGAGAUUGGGAACGUAUAUCGAUGUUCUGCAGAUCCACAGAUUGGAUCGAGAGACGCCAAGAGAGGAGAUCAUGAAAGCCCUCAACGAUGUCCAAGAGAGUGGAAAAGUCAGGUACAUUGGCGCUAGCAGUAUGGCUGCUUGGGAAUUCCAAACUCUUCAGAACAUCGCGGACAAGCACGGUUGGGCGAAAUUUGUGAGUAUGCAAAACUACUACAACUUAAUCUAUCGUGAAGAAGAACGCGAGAUGAUUCCAUAUUGUCGUGAUGUUGGCGUGGGUCUUAUUCCAUGGUCUCCAAUAGCCCGAGGAGCUCUCGCCCGCCCGUUUACAGAUCGAAGCACAAAGCGUGAGAAAACUGAUGCCUACCUCAAUAACAUGAUCCGUUCCAAGGAGAAUGACAUUGACAAGCAAGUCAUCGGCAGAGUUGAGGAGAUUGCCAAGAAGCACGGUGUUUCGAUGACCACCAUUGCCACUGCUUGGUGCCUUAGCAAGGACAGUGUCAACCCGAUCAUUGGAUUGAGUAGUAAGGAGAGAAUUGAUCAGGCGGUCCAGGCUGUUGCUUUUGCAAGCUCGGGGAAGCUGACCAAGGAAGAUAUUGCAUAUCUUGAGGAGGGAUACGCACCAAAGGAACGACAAGGCUACUAGAAGUUUUGACUGCCACUUCGCGCUUGGCUUAGUCUUAAGAAUGGUUGUAUGUUCCCUAGUCUUCUUGGCCACCGAAAUGUUGUGCAUUUCCAGACUUUUUUCCCCCCAGCUAAGCCCAGAUCCACGCCCAAAUUUCUCCCUCCGAGCCUAGAUGCAAUGUUGAUAUAUGUCUCGUACCGUUCAAUUGAGAUUGGGUCUUGUAAGAAUCGGUGUCAGAAGAUGUCCAUGUUCGCUGUUUACGGUGGAUUUGUCUUGUACAGGCGCCACAGAAGAUAUAAUAAAAAUCGAAAGUCUACUACUCUCAACUUCCAACAAAAGACUAGCCACGACGAGAGUUCUCACGCUUUCAAUACUGAAUUCAAGUAAACUUCAAAGUUAUCAAAUAUUCCCAGAGAAAUUUAAGAC